UUUGAAGAUGGUGCAGCAACACCCCCAAGGAAUAUCUGGUCAUUUCACCUGGAAUGACCCAGUAUAGAUUACAAGUAAUAUUCUCAUCCUGUGUGCGGAGGGGUCACACAUAGAGCGGACCGGUUCCUGAGAUAAAAAUAAAAGGUAUUAACAUAAUAAUAAACAAAGUCUAAAGUCUAAAGUCCUCAAUUACAGAUUGUAGACUUUAGACCUAAUGAAAGUAAAUUUAUAAAAUAGCUAAAACACAACAUAUGCAUUAUGUAUAUGUAAGAAAAAUAAGAUGGAAGAAGUAUAUAUGCCUUGAGUAAAAAGCCUAUGUCUUUAUGGCUGUGGUCUGUGAUAGAGAGAAGAGGGCGUUUGUGUCUCAUGUGUACUUCUCCACAAACACUUCACUUUCCUGGUCCUGAUCAACCUGAUACCAGAGUACUCUGUACAUGGGUCGCCCGCUUAACCUGUUGAGCUAUGCGGGCACCCCUAAGCAAACUUUGUUCUUGAUCAGGGUUCUUUAAUACACUGUGCAGUGUCUGUAGUGCGUCAUGACAAGGAGAGCUCAGACCAAGAAGAACAGGUUUUUUUGUAGUUCUUCCUACUUUUUUUGUCAGCCUUUACAAUGCAAAUUUACUUUCACAUUUUUCACAUAAAUUUUGUGUGGGGAAAUGACUCCACAUAACUUCAGAUCACUAGACCUGUGUGUGUCUGCAAACAGGAUGAAACUGUACCCAUUCAAUAUUAAUGCUUGUAUUCUAAGAUGGAAAACCUCACGUCUAGCAUUGCUUGUGACCAAGAUGUGAAAAAAGGGAAUGCUCUCAUGUUUCAGCAGGCUGACACACCUCUUUUAUUUCAGCCACACUCUGGUAUGAGUACGUAGCUUCUCAUAUGCUUUAGAUUUGUUAAGAGGAGGAAACUGGUACUGGAGGCUCAGACCUACGUGAUGCAUUGCUACGAAAACUUGAUCAAUUAUCUCAGCUGUGGGAUGAUCCUGACAGGACUGGGACACCUGGUGCUUCACAAGACGGCACAGACCUCCUAUGGACGCCAUAUGGGACCUUCUCCUCCUGCUAGGAUGGUACCUGCUAGAUUGGGCUGGUUCCUCCAGGAGAUGCCAGCUCUCCUAAUCCCCCUGUUUCUAAUUUUCACCGCGCACAAUUCCUCCAGUAUGGGGAAAUACCUGCUGCUCGGAACCUUUUGCUUGCACUACUUUCAGAGGACAUUUGUCUAUUCGCUUCUGACCAGAGGAAGGCCUUUCCCACUGGGUGUGAUGGUGGCAGGAGGUUUGAUCUGUUCUCUGAACGGGUUCCUGCAGGGAUGCUACCUGCUGCAUUGUGCCCAGUUUGACCAUGAAUGGUCAGCUGACUAUCGCUACAAGACAGGUUUACUGCUGUUUUACACUGGGAUGGCCAUCAACAUACACAGCGACUGUAUUCUGCGCAACUUGAGGAAGCCAAAUGAAAUAGUUUACAAGAUUCCUACCGGAGGUGUGUUUGAAUAUGUGUCUGGUGCCAACUAUUUAGGAGAGAUCGUGGAAUGGUUUGGAUACGCUGUAGCCACCUGGUCCCUUCCAACACUCUCAUUUGCUUUGUUCAGCCUCUGCUUUAUUGGACCAAGAGCCUAUUACCAUCACAGGUUUUAUCAAGAGAAAUUCAAAGACUACCCAAAGUUUCGAAAAGCUUUGAUUCCUUUCAUCUUCUGAGAAAAAAAGCACCUGCCAGUCAUCCUGUUUGGGAAGACAAUAAUUGAAGCAACAGCAGA